AGGCCGCCCGUGUCGUGCCAACAGAAAUCCCAUUUCUCUCGCACUGAACGCCCGCCCGCCGCCGCCGCCGCCGGGAAGAAGAGCUCCGACUCGAAAUCCCCGAAACCCUACCGCAGUUGCCCCCGUCGUCGGCUCCGAUCCCCCCUCGCUCCGCCGGAACAAGCGGGAAGUGUUGUUGACAGGGGAGGACGAUGCCGCUGGGGCUGAUACUGGGCUCGAUCGGGAGGUCGAUGCGGCGGAAGCGGACGUCCUCGCUCAACAUCCUCUCCUCCAAGAGGGCGCCCAGGGACUACUACAAGGGCAAGAACUGCAAGCCCACCGGGUUCCACACUCGCAAAGGUGGGUAUGUGAUGGUGGACGCCAAGUUACCAAGAUUUGUGGUCCCUGACUUGACUGAUUUCAAGUUGAAGCCAUAUGUAUCGCAAUGCGCCAGGGAGGACCUUGCAGCCAACUCAACAGCCUCCGCUUCAGCGGAAUCUACUGAAAACAAAAACUGAUAUGUUAGAUGUUCAGUCGUUGCUUGUUUCACAAGAAUACAGUGGGGCUCUGCAGUUAUGUUUUCCAUCCGGUGACCAUGUUCAGAAUAUGUAGCCUCGUCAACAUUGCUGCAUGUGAACUAUUCCAUGCGUAGCUGCAAACUCUGUGCUUCAGCAUAAAUCGUUGGAAAACUUACCAUUGUUAGAUGUACCAUGUACUCUGAGCUCA